AUGGGGAUGUGGGUCAAGCUUGUUCGGUACCUGUCGGAGAAGGGCGUGAAGGGUUUCCCCAAGAAGGGGUACGGCACAUACUACACCACGGAGGCACUCGCUCCCAAGCAUGCCGCUGAGAAGAUCCCAGCCUUCGGCAUCAUCGACACGGUGAUUCAAACCGUGGCUGAGCAUCUCGGCAGGUCCGGGCCGUGGCACCAGCGGUUCAUGGGCCUGCAAGAGGUCUUCACGUCAACAAGCCUGGAAUUGCAAGUGAUUCAUGCAGUUCGCUGGCUCUCGUGGGGCGAUGCCGUGCUGAGGCUUAUCGCCGUGCUGCCUGCUCUGAUCGUGAUGCUGAAGGAGUGGGAUGCAAACCUGUACGCGCUCGUGACAAGCUACAGGUUUCAUUUCCUUCUGUUCUUCAUUGCUGACGUGCUGGAGCAGUUAAACAUCCUCAACCGGGCUUUCCAGCACAAGGAGCUGGAUUAUGCCAGUGUCCAUGCGCAGAUAAAGCGCACAACCUCCCACAUCGAGAGCCGCUAUGUCGACUGCGGCAAAGACUUCGGUGGCGGCGUGAGCGAGAGGUUGUCUCCUUUCCUCGCGCGUCAUGGGCCUAGAGGAAACAGGGACGUGACUGCCGAGGGUGUUGACUCCGACGAGCGCCCCACGCGCUUCACCUUCAAGCUGCAUGAGGACGACCUGGAGGAGUUUGAGGGUCCCGCGAAUCAUGAUGGCUGCGUGGACGUCUGCACCGAGUUCGCAGAGAAGAUCGUCAACGAGCUGGUUUCGCGGCUUGGCGACCUGGAGGGAAUGUCAGGGGCGAAGCUGUUUGAGAAGAAUGAAGAACGAGGAUGA